AUGGGAGUAAUAAGUCCAUCAUCUUUACCGAAAAGGUACAGAUUUAUAUCUGUAUUUGUUGAUGACUUCUCGAGAUUUGCCAUGGCAUACCCGAUAAAAAACAAAAACCAGGGUACAGAAUUAACGGGAGGAUCCACCCAAAAGGUGUUAGAUAGUCUUGGAGCGGAACUCCAGUUGAGCUGUCUGGAUACCCCCGAGUUAAACGGCACGCCAAAAAGUCUGAAUAAAACCAUUCAAAUGAAAGUCAGAGCUCCCAUGUAUGAUUCGGGACUCCCGGAGAAAAUGUGGGACUUGGCCUUGAACGCGGCAGUUUUUGCGUACAAUUGCACUCCGCAUCAUUCAAAUAAUAUGGAAAUCCCUUUGGCGAAGCUUGUGCCGAACAAAAGGAUAGAUAUAAGUCAGAUGAGAAGAUUUGGUUGUAUCUAUUAUAUGAGAGUUCAGAGAAAUACAAAAACAAAAUUCCAGGCCAAAGAGAAAAGAGCAUUUAUGGUGGAUUACACACCCACAGGGUAUCGACUACUUUGUCCUGACGAAGGAAAAUUCUAUGAGAGCAGGGACGUCAAAUUCAACGAACGUUUUGUAUACGGAGACAUAAAUGGUAAAGGUUCGAUUAAAAACUGGGACAACGUGACAGUAGAUAUAAAACUAGAUGAGUGGUUUUUGAUCUUCGAGAAAGAGAGGGAAGAGAUGACAACAUCGGAGAGAGAGCCACCAGACGUACGAAGAAAAUCAGGAAGGCCAAAAAAGUCAACAGCGUUAGAAGCAAACAUGGCAGAUACGAACCUAAAGUGUAAAAAUCCUGUUAGAGAUGUCAGUUUUGCGGGUUUGGCUAUUGCUGACGACCUCAUAAAAAAUCUAACCUUUAAAAAAUAUGAUACAGAUAUGGCAGAUAAAGAUACGUCUGCAGAAGAUCUCACUCACUACCUGCUUCUGGCUGGAAUAAAUAAAGACCCGUCUUCAUACAAAGAAGCAAUAAAGGCAGCAGAUCGGGAAGACAGACCUGUGGGGCUUAUAAACGGCAGACGCCCAAAUAUAAUUGACUCCUGCUGGGUACUUAAGAAAAAGAUUGACACUCAAGGGCAGAACAAUACAAGAAACUUAUGCCCCGGUGUCAAGACUGACCUUGAUCAGAACGGUUCUAGCUCUGGUUUGAACUGUAUAGAUCAAGAACGUCAGAAUAAAGUCUGCAAGCUGCAAAGAGCCUUGUACGGGCUAGAGGUCAGUCCUAAAAAAUGGCAUGAUAGAUUUUCAGAAGCAGCUAUUAAAAUAGAUUUGAAGUUACAUAUUUUAGAACCUAAUGAUCCAAAUCGGUUGAAGUUUGUUAAAGAAAGUCUGCUAAGCGAAUUUGGCAUGACGGAUCUCGGUGAAGUAGAAGCUUUUCUAGGUAUCGAAGUCAGAAGAGGCAGGGAGAGGCAGAUAAAUCCAACUGAUGAAGAUUGGAACAUGAUAAAAAUAGUGUUCCGGUACUUGGCAGGCACCAAAUCUUUUGGGCUACAGUUCUUAGGAAGGCAUGACAACUUAGAAGCCUUUUCGGAUGCCAGUUUUGGUGACAGCAAGGGCUCUCUGACUACGAGUGGGUAUGUCAUCAAACUCUUCAGAGACGCUGCAGCCUGGAGAACUCACAAGCAGACCUACGUAGCAUUGUCAACAUGUCAGGCUGCAUACGUGGCACUAAGUGAAGUAUGUAAAGAAUUGAUUGCAGUAGACAAUUGUCUCACAAUCAUCCUUAACAAAACAUUUUGUCCAGCUGACUUAUGGUGUGAUAAUAAGGCAGCGGAAUUAAAUUCAAAAAUAAGUGGAAGCGAGAAAUUGGGGCAUAUGACAGAAAUUCACGAACAUUAUGUCAAAGAAUGUGUGACUUAUGGCAGAGUUAAUAUAAGCGGUAACGACCAGGCGGACACGGCGCCAACAAGCCUGUCCACCCUAGAGGCUCAGGAGACCCAACAGCCGCUGGCUCUCGAGCACCACGUGGAAGGGUAUCCAAGAGCGCUUAACAAGGCCAUGACCAUGUUGUGCUGUCUUUUAAGGCUUAAACCAUACCUCCAGGAUGGUCUUCUACGAGUGGGUGGUCGCCUUAGUCAUUCUCUUUUUGACGAAGAUGCUAAACACCCACUUGUUUUGAAGUUUCAGGACCACCUACCUAGUUUAUUGAUAGGCGACCACGGAAGUAAUUUGGUAGGAGCUUCGAGAGAAUUGAGACAGCUGUGGAAAGGUUUAAAGGGUUUGAGAGUUUUUUCAGAAGAACUUCUAAAACUUAACACAAAAUGGCAUUUCAACACCCCUUCUGCUCCCCAUUUUGGUGGAUUAUGGGAGGCGGCCGUUAAGUCUUGUAAGUUUCAUUUGAAGAGAAUUACAGAUAGUAAACUAAGUGCAGGUAUUUUUGAUAGACCUGAAACUUGUUCUCUAUUUAAAGAUGAAAUCUUUGAAAGAACUAUAAAAGAUAAUAAGAAAGCAGCAUGGUCUUGUUUUAAAGAUGUAUUAACAAAAUUUUUGGGUAACACUAAAGAAGUAAGCUACAAAAUUAUUGUAAAAAAUCUGAACAACGGGACUUUACUGAAGAGCAAGGAGAAAGGUUUCACCAAGACUUGA